CGGGUCGGGUAAUAACCGCCCCAUCGCAGGUUAAGACGGGUAAUAUCCACAGAACGGGUUCAAAUUUCCAUCACUAGUAACGAGAGAAGUGCAACGAUACAAGUAAGGUCGGUUACAGCAGAUGAGGAACGAUAUCGAGAAUAUGGAUCCUCUCAAAGCAAGCCACGAUCUUUUGAUAGCUUCUUUUAGCCACCCGUUCUGCCUUUUUGUUCCCCACUCCUGGAUACGAAGGAACCUCAGCCUCACGUGUCACUUUGUGACAACGGGUCCUACUAAACCUGGGGGCCACCUGCAUUCGAUUCGAAGCCAAUGAGGCUUCGCCCCCAACAGCCUUAUACCUUCGGGAACACCAACGAACCUCACUUGAAUUCGAACCUGAAAUUUACAACUCUCAAAUCUUCACUGUCGCGGCUGCUUUACCGUUAGACUAUCUCGUCACCUUAAUUAUAUCGUUGGCCAUAAGGAUUCGGUGCAUAUAGUGAAUCCACGCCAUAACUUGUCGAGGACAGACGAAACUAAAGUAUAGGUGCAGAUUGGUUGAUGAUGGUUCUUUUGUAAAUAAUUCCAAUUUCAUGGACAUCAGUCCAAGAGGCCCAACUUUAGGCAUUUUCAAUGCUACAGGUCUCAGCCCUCCACAUUUGGUUUACUUCAUUUCUCCUUCUAUAUGAACCAAUGCAGGGGAAAGUGUGAAGAGGCAUACUCCUGCAGCUGAGGAAAGCACAGUCUCGGAGUGUACACUUAUUCUAUUCUUUACAGAAGUGGUAUGAGACAGACCAUGCAUCCAAGUUCCGGCUGGAUAGAAAACAUAAUUAACUACGAAGUUGUAAAAUCAUCCAUGGAACAUAGUUCAAAUCCAGCUCAUACUCAAAUGACAAACUGACAAGUUCUUUCUUCAGGAAUCUCUGCAUGCAGCAGCCAUCCUUCUCCUCCAUACCUCUCUCAGCUGAAAACCAAGCGACAGAGCAAACAGUACCAUAACUCCCCCACAGGCAGGGAACCGUGAGAUCCAAAUCUGAAUCCAACCCCAUUCCCACUCCACAGUUUUCUCAAAGACAAUGAAACUCGAGAUGCUCACAGAAAUAAUAAAGUUACUCAAUCAUGCAGCAAGUUGACAUAUAUAUAUAAGAAUUCCCAUUCUAGUUGAUGAAGAUUAAUAAUAUGAGAAAGAAGAAAGAACCAGAUUCAGUUAUAAUGGGGUGAGAAUUACAAGGGGCGGUUGAUUGACCUUGUUUACCUUUUUUGGGCACUGAACUUAUGCACAAAUCCACACACAUUGACUGUUGAUCUGAGAUUAUUAAAAUAAAUGAGAUCUUCCUGACCAGAUUAUGUGGGAACUAUACGCUGAACUUGGAUUACUCUUUCGCAUUUAAUUCUGUUUUCAGGGGACAAAUCCAGAGAGUUCAGUUUACUGUCUAGUAUUAACUGCCUGACGCUUCCUAAGGUUAACUACAUUUAGGGUAAUAUAAUAAUACUAUUAGUCUAAACUUUUCCAAAGGCCACCCCUGACCCUUGGCUUAUAUAAACUCUCCCCAGCUCAAAACUACAAAAGUCACUUACUUUCACAGUUGCAGAAGAGGAGGACAGUGCCUGAGCAAACUAUGGAGAUCCCCACCAUUGAUUUCAGUGAGCUUGAGGGUGAGAACAGGAGCAAGGCCAUGGAGAUUCUGCACGAUGCUUGUGAGAACUGGGGCUUCUUUCAGAUUCGAAACUACGGGAUUGAUAGCAAGUUGAUGGAGAAAGUGAAGCAGUUGGUUGAUCAACACUACGAGGAAAACCUGAAAGAGAGCUUCUAUCAAUCAGGGACAGCCAAGAAGCUGAAUAACAAAGAAAACCCAUCUGAUGUGGAUUGGGAAAGCAGCUUCUUCAUCAGGCACCGUCCAACCUCUAACAUCCAUCAAAUCCCAAACCUGCCUCAGGGUUUAAGCAAAACCAUCGAUGAGUACAUUGCUGAAAUGAUAAAGCUAGCAGAGAAACUCGCCAACCUCAUGUGCGAGAAUCUGGGAUUAGAUGAAAGUUUCAUCAAGGAUGCUUUCUCUGGGAAAGAGGGUCCUGCUGUGGGAACAAAAGUUGCUAAAUACCCAAAAUGUCCAGAGCCAGAACUUGUGAGGGGGCUCCGAGAGCACACUGAUGCCGGUGGGAUCAUACUCCUGCUUCAGGACGAUCAAGUCCCAGGGCUCGAGUUCCUGAAAAAUGGGGAGUGGUUCCAGAUUCCUCCAUCCAGGAACAACACCAUUUUUGUGAAUAUAGGUGAUCAGGUGGAGGUCUUGAGCAAUGGAAGAUACAAAAGUACUCUGCAUCGAGUCAUGACUGACAAGAACGGAAGCAGGCUCUCCAUAGCCACGUUCUAUAAUCCAGCUGGUGAUGCAGUCAUAACUCCAGCUUCGAAGCUUCUCUACCCCCUCUCAUAUACUUUUGGUGAUUAUCUUCAGCUCUAUUCUGCCACAAAAUUCACAGACAAGGGAACGAGAUUUGAGACCAUGAAGGAACUUGCUAAGGGGAGCAAUGGGUUCCAUGCCUAAGACUGCCCCUUUCUAUGUCUUAAAUAACUGUUUGCUUGCUUGCUUCAUUUUCUGUUUUUACUGCUGCUUUACUUUCCCAAUUAAACCCUCAUUUAUGUAAGAGGAAGCCUGAUGGAAAAGUGAACUGAAGAGUUGUCUGGCUCUGUGAUUCCGUUCCAUCAGAAAGUAUCUGAUGUAAGAAAAAUCUCCACUUCAUAUACUCAAUAACGUGAUUCUGCUAAAUACCAUGAAGAAAUCUGACCAUGGAAA